AUGAGCAACUCCUCGUCCUCCAUACUAAUCGAAAGCUUUGACGGCCACCACUAUUCAGAAGAUCAGUUAACAACAAAUCCAGAAAUUGAAUCAAACACUAAUCCGUACCAACAACAUCAUUAUCAUCACGGGAAUUUUAACCCCCACCAUCAACACACACCAUCUUGUUCUCAUCACAACACCAUCGGCAGCACGAAUCAACCACCUUACUAUCCUUCAGUUGUCACUUGGAAUUUAAAUCGGUACUUACGAAAAUUAGGCCUACCCGUACCCCACAGAUACUGUACCAAAAUGUGGUUCGUGAAGGACUGCGGGGGCUACGUGGCUGCCGGAUUUACGUGGUCUCUUCUGUUUUGCGGGGAGGCAAUGGUACUGAUGAAUUGCUUUGCUUCGACUAUCACUCCACUGUCCUAUUUUUAUGCAGGACUGUCUGUUCUUCUGGCUCUGUUGGCCUUCUUCAGUCACUGCCAGGCCAUGUUCACCGAUCCAGGUGCUAUCCCCAGAGGAAAUGCAACACCCGAGAACAUCGCCAAGUUGGAAUUCCCAGAGGGCAAGACCAUUUUGAGGUGUGUCAAGUGUGAUUCCAUCAAACCUGACAGGGCACAUCACUGCAGCACUUGCAAACGAUGCAUUAAAAAGAUGGACCAUCAUUGUCCGUGGGUGAACAACUGCGUCGGAGAGUGCAAUCAAAAGUUCUUUGUUCUCUUCACUGCUUACAUAUGUUCCCUAUGCAUCCUGGGUCUCAUCUUGGCUAUCUCCACAUUAGUUACAUGUGCUACCAAUGCCUACGAAGGUUGCAACUACUCUCUCCCUAUCACCCUCCUCAUCUCGAUUGGCCUCAUCAUGGAAAGUUUAUUGUUCGGUCUGUUCACGGCCAUCAUGUGCGGCACUCAGAUGGCCUCCAUCUGCUCUGAUAAGACUGGCAUUGAAUCUUUGAAGCGUGAGAAACGAAAGCGAAAGUCUUGCAAAAGAAGCUUGAACGACGUUUUCGGCGGGAAAUUUUCCAUCAGAUGGUUUUCCCCAUUCCACGGAUCCAUUACCGGCGGCAGCGGCGGUCUUAGUAGUAGUUCCAGCGGGAUUGUUCUUUGCGAUGCCGUUUAG